UCGCGCGGCCGGCUGGGGCGGCGGCUCCCGGCGCCGGAGCGAAGAGAGGGCCGGGCUGCGGGCGGGGGCGGGUCUGCGCCGCGCCAGGUGCGCUCUCCCUGCCGAGCUGCGGGUUCGGCCGCCGCCGCCCGCCGGUUCGGUCGGUGCUCGGGCCUGGCCUCUUGCUGCCCAGGUGCUGCAGGCGGCGCGACGCGGGUGUCCCGGUCCGGGCGCGCGCGGCGCGGUGUCGGCUCAUGAAGCUCCCCGGCACCCGGCGCGGGGGCGCGGGCCAGCCAUGGGCGGCAGCCUGCGUGUGGCUGUUCUGGGUGCUCCGGGAGUGGGCAAGACUGCCAUCAUCCGCCAGUUCCUGUUCGGUGACUAUCCCGAGCGCCACCGACCCACAGACGGUCCCCGUCUCUACCGGCCCGCCGUGCUGCUCGACGGCGCUGUCUACGACCUGAGUAUCCGUGAUGGUGACGUCGCUGGCCCCGGCUCGAGCCCCAGAAGUCUCGAGGAGUGGCCAGACCCUAAAGACUGGAGCUUGCAGGACACAGACGCCUUUGUGCUGGUCUACGACAUCUGCAGCCCCGACAGUUUCGAUUAUGUGAAAGCCCUGAGGCAGCGCAUAGCAGAAAACAGGCCGGCGGGCGCGCCAGAGGCACCCAUCCUUGUGGUAGGCAACAAGCGGGAUCGUCAGCGGCUGCGCUUCGGACCUCGUCGUGCACUGGCCACUCUAGUGCGCAGGGGCUGGCGCUGCGGCUAUCUCGAGUGCUCAGCCAAAUACAACUGGCACGUGCUGCGUCUCUUCAGAGAGCUUCUGCAUUGUGCCCUGGUGCGCACACGUCCUGCGCAUCCGGCCCUGCGCCUGCAGGGGGCGCUGCAUCCAGCACGCUGCAGCCUCAUGUGACCGACCAGAAAGGAGAGGAAAAUCUCAUAAAAGCAGGUUCCCACCCAUCUUCUGGCUUUUCUUUGAACCCGACUGGACCCAGACAACUCCCAAUCAUUGGACAAGAUCAGUUUUAUCUGAGACCUUAUUGGUCUCACAAUCACAAAUGGGAAGGACUUGAAUAUGAACAUGAUUGGAAGCAUUCAUACAGCUUUACUGGAAAUACCUUUUCUUUUUGGCGUUUUGAGGCAGGGUCUUACUAUGUAGGUUCGGCUGGCUUCGAACUACAAAAACCCACCUGCUGUGCCUCUCCAGUGUUGGACUGGCUAUUGGAGACAUUUUUUAAGUCAUAACUUACCAGGUAAUAAAAAACUUAAA